AUGACGAACACUUUCAUCAAUUACUCCUUUACACUGAAGUACGCUGGCUGUCGAAAGGCUUAUACUAUUUUAGAAUUUCUGGAUACUAAAGAUAAAAUUUUAAAAGAAAAUUUAAUGAAGAGGAAAACAGACAUCGCCUAUUUAACAGAUUUUUUUACAAAAUUUAAUAUGGUUAAUUUGCAAUUACAAAGUCCAUCUUAUCAGUGUUUCUUGCCAGAGGAGCAGAAACAAAAAAAUAAAAAUACUAACAAAAAGAAAAUAUAUCAAUCUGAAACGAGCGAAGACCAAAGUGAUUAUAUGAGCGUUCGUUCUGAAGAAGAAGGAAGUUCUGACGACAAAGGAAACGAAUUGUUUGAAAUACCAGACAGUUUUGGUCCUGUGGACUCUCGACCUAAAGAAGAUGAUUUCAUUUUGGUGCAAUUUAACUUUGGCACCAGAAAGAUCUUCUAUGUAGCAAAAAUGAUCGGAGAAGGGAGCAAAAGUGAAGUGGAAUUAACAAUGAAUGCUUAUGCAGCUAAACGCUGA